CGGUUUGAAUGCGGCAUGGCGUGGAAAAAGUGAGCAAACAGCGAUCGAAUGGAAAUAUAGUCACAGCCAAGGCGAAUCCCAGCUCUAUAAUGUGUGCUCGGUUGAGUGAAUCAGUGGUGGUGCUGGUGCAGGUGGAGGUGCAGCUGGUGCUGAUGGUGGUGCUAGUGGUGCUAUCCGCACCACCGUUCAGUGAAAGUGCCAAGCUCCCUGUCCGCCAGUUUGCAGCUGGAGUGGAUUUCUUCGAGCAUGAGUUCACCAGUGUGGCGGAAGAUGAAUUCGAUCCUUACGGACCCGACAUUGGUGACGACGAUUUGGGAAUCGACGAUCCGGAGACCAUGCCCCGCCUGUUUCAAGGAGAUAUUGCCAUUGAUCCGUACACCUACAUCUCCCUUCGCCUAGGCGUCAAUCCAAUGAGACAUCCCAAACGACUGUGGCCCAAUGGUACGAUUCCCUUUGAGAUAAGUCCGCGAUACGCAAAUACGGAAAGACAGGCUAUAAUUCAAGCCGUGAAAACCUUCAACUCCUUAACAUGUGUGCACUUUGUGCCGUACGACGGGGAAGUAGAUGACUACCUGUUGAUCGAACCGCCGGUGGAAGGACCCCAGGGAUGUUGGUCCUACGUGGGACGAAGAGGAGGAGAACAGGUGGUGUCCCUCCAGAGACCCGAUGAAAACAGUGCCCACUGCUUCAGCAGCGAGGGAAGAAUAAUGCACGAGCUCAUGCACGCUAUAGGCAUAUAUCACGAACAGUCCCGAGCAGAUCGCGACAACUUUGUCAAGAUCCAUUGGGACAAUAUUGUGCCGCGGUUUAGGAAAAACUUUAAGCUCGUGUCGAAAAAGAAGGGGAAGUACGCCUUUGACUACGAUUACAACUCCGUGAUGCACUACGGUGAGUUUUACUUCAGCAAGCGGAAGGGUGAAAAGCCCACCAUGACCCCUUUACAACCUGGAGUUAGGAUCGGACAGCGAAAGACCAUAAGCAAGAUCGACUGCCUCAAGAUCAACGAGCUUUACGGGUGCUUGCAGGGCCGUAGGGCCAAAAUGUACCGCAGUUUCUGCCACCUUCUCGGGCUGUAAAUGGAACUAGACUAAGAGAUAUAAUAUUAUGAAUCACAUUGAUUUGAUAUUUUAUUAAUUAAUUCGUCGACUUUGAUACAAAUACAUUUGCCGAAGUGUAUUUGCCCUCAAGAAAUUUUCAUGGCUGCCUCAUCCACCAAACUAACCAAUCUACACCCAUUACUCGUAGGGCAAGGAAGAUAGUUAUGUUCGACGAAAAUAAUAUAACAGAUAGAUCGAAAUAUG